AAUCAAUACUCUUUCCAGAAAACCAAUCCUUUUUCUAUAGCUCACAAUAUUAAUAUUUUUUCAAGAACACAUCCAGGCAUUUCUAGGAAUCUGAUAUUUAUGUUUUGCCUUGAUCGUAUUCGCUCCACCAUAACGACAAUAAUCAGUAUAUUUCGUAUCACCGGGAUGAAUCACUAAGAUACGAGGUCCGCUUCAUGAUAAAUGAAUUCGAACGUAAACCCGAAGUGUUAUUUCUUCCGAUUAAGUAGCGAUAAACACAACUCCCAGCUGUUGUGAGUUAUAAUUGCGAAAAUAUGGCAGAAAUUUCGAUAUUGCGAUUCCCCAUCUUAGGAAAGGAAAAUGAGUACUUUUUGUUAGAGGUGUCUUCGAAUGGGUCUCGGCCGCUCGAUCUGAAGCUGGUCGGUUCGGAGAGCACAGCUGUAUUCGUGACGAAAUUACGUCAUAAGAGGGUUGGCGAUUACAAGGCACAAAAUGAUCAUUGCUCUCCCGAAGAGUGGGAAGAGAUCCUAACAUCCACCUUAAUCAACCGGGAUCCGGUAUCUGAUCUCGAGAUCAAAGCCGACCUUCAAACAGAUGGUGAAUCCGUUUCCCUUUCAUUUCGGAAGAACAUACAAGGAAUCACACAACGUCUAGGAACCAUCACGCUAGAAGAAAAUGAGAAAACCGAGAUCUCUCCAUUUGAUUGGUGUGUCUCAGCCAUCGGAGCUCGGGAAAAGGUUCAAGAGAAUCUCGUCACCACCAUUGCUAAGGUCCAAACUGCUGAGGAUUCGCUCAAGGAGCUCAAAGACCAGUUAAAUGAACUUAUCAAGAUAAAGGAAGAAGAUGAGACAGAGCUUCUCGAGAAGUUCCGAGACCUCUUGAAUGAGAAAAAGGUCAAGAUUCGGCAACAGCAGCGCCUACUGGCGUCUGCAAGUGUCGACCCUGACAAGCUCGCUAACAUUGGUGGCGGUCGGAAGAAUGAAAAGCAUGUAGCUCAAGUGUCCCGUGCUUCAAAACGGAAAAUCAAAGAAGAACCGGAAAGCAGCGAUGCUGAAUUUGAAAAGAUGGAUGUCGAGGAGGAUAACGAUGAUGGUAGCGCACAGCUAGAUAUUGAGGAAGAUCACGGGGAUACCACAGCGGAUGAAACUGCGAGUGGGACGGGCACAGAUGACGAGCCAGCACCUCCACCAGCCAGGUCCAGAAGGACCCAAGCCGCAGUGCCAAAACGAAAUGCUCGAGCGUCCACAUCAGCAAAGGCAACCCACAAAUUAAGUAGUUCAGGAGAGGACAGCGAAGAACCUCCACCACGACGAGUCUUACCAUUCAUGAAGAGCAAGCAGCCUGCAGCCCCAGUACGGAAACCAGCCGACGAUGAUGAAACCGAAUCUGAAGAAGAGCUAUGAUUACCUAAUGUUAGAUACAUGCCGCAAGGACAAUGAGAGAACGCGUUCACGAUGCAGAUGGACGGGACAGUAUUUUUGGUGGCCUAAGAAGCCUUAGCUAUAUUUGUGCUAAUAUUGUGUGAUGAGCAGAUCUAUGUGACCAAGCCAGGUAGCAAUUCCAGCCCGCUGGACCUAAUGC